AUGUUUCAACCCACACCGAAGAGGUGUUUUACUAUAGAAUCGUUGGUAGCGAAGGAUAAUCCUUUGCCAGCGUCGAGAUCCGAGGAGCCCAUACGACCAGCGGCUCUCAGCUAUGCAAACUCAAGCCAGAUGAACCCUUUUCUAAACGGCUUUCAUUCCAGCAGCAGGGGCGUCUACUCUAACCCGGACUUGGUGUUCGCGGAGGCUGUUUCACAUCCUCCAAACUCAGCAGUCCCAGUGCAUCCCGUUCCCCCUCCUCACGCGUUGGCUGCCCACCCGCUUUCGUCCUCACAUAGCCCGCACCCUCUUUUUGCGAGCCAGCAAAGAGACCCUUCAACUUUUUACCCAUGGUUAAUACACAGAUAUAGAUACUUGGGUCACAGAUUCCAAGGUAAUGAAACCAGUCCGGAAAGCUUCCUUUUGCACAAUGCACUGGCCCGAAAGCCCAAAAGAAUCCGGACAGCGUUUUCACCGUCGCAACUGCUGCGGCUCGAGCACGCUUUUGAAAAAAACCAUUACGUUGUCGGUGCGGAGAGAAAACAGCUCGCGCACAGCCUUAGCCUCACAGAAACUCAGGUAAAAGUAUGGUUUCAGAACCGAAGAACGAAGUUCAAACGACAGAAACUUGAGGAGGAGGGUUCGGAAUCACAGCAAAAGAAGAAAGGGACCCAUCACAUAAACCGGUGGAGACUGGCCACGAAACAAGGAAGCCCCGAGGAAAUAGACGUCACCUCAGACGAUUAA